CCCCGGUUUGUGUCAGACACCAAAUCUUCUUCACCUUCUUCUUCCUCCUCCCCACCCAAUCUCCUUUCUCUCCUGCCUUUUAAGCCACGCGCCCGGCCGCAUCCUCCGCCUACGCCAUCCCCUCUCCCUCUCCCUUUCCAUCUCUCUCCACCCUCGACCUUCUCUCUGUGGGGUGGGGUGGGGUGAGGAGCUGGGGUGAGGAGCUUGGGUGCGCGCGCGUGCCGUUUGUUUGAUGGACGCCAAGGGCGAGGUGGAGAGCUCAAACCCUAACCGCGUCGUUGCCAGCGCCUCCGCCGCUGCGGUGUCGGCGUCGUCGACCUCGAAGCGCAUGCUGGCGUUCCACUUCCUGCGCGCGCUCUCCCGGAUCCACGGCGCGGCUGGCCCGGCGAGGCGCCGCACGCGCACCAUCCGCCGCGCGGCCUACUCGUCCAUGGCGCGCGCCACCGGCCCGCGCCGCGCCUGGAGCCGCGCGCUGCUGCUCCAGGCCCACGCGCGGGCGCGCAGGUCCAGGACGGAGCUGUCCACGCGGGCCGCCGUGCUCGUCCGGAGGCGCGUCGUCGCCGGGCCGGCAGCACCACCGGCACGCGCCGCUCCCGUCGGCGGACAGGUGUCUUCUUCGGCUGCUCGCGCGGCGCUCGUCCCUCCGCCAGCUGCGGCGCGGCAGGCGGGGGAGCCGGCAAGGAGCGACGCGCUGCGGCGGCUCGUCCCCGGCGGGGCCGGGAUGGAGUACUGCAGCCUGCUGGAGGAGACCGCCGACUACGUCCGCUGCCUCCGCGCGCAGGUGCAGCUCAUGCAAGGCCUCGCCGACCUCUUCUCCUGCCAAUGAUCCAUAUCCUCAUCAUCAUCGUCAUGCAUCCUCCGAUCGAUCGAGUAAUUCUAAAUUAUUACUUCUUCCCGCACCAUCCGUCGACUGAAAUCAUGCCGCCGUCCAUGAUAUCGGUCGAUGGAUCUCUUGUUCAUGUGACAUGAGAUUGGUCAAUGCAUCGAUCGCGCAUGAUCAGCAUAUGUAGAGGAUUACCGGCCGGCAGGGGAGAGUUAGGUGGUGGUACGGUGGAGGGAUGAUUGGUGGAGUAUAUAUGUUGAGCUGCUGCUGCUGGUAAGGUGAUUAUUAGUAGGUGAGAAAAGAUUGGGCAUAGUAUGCAUUUGUAUAGGUCGUUGGGGACGCAUUGGAACCACACCAUGGAAAAUACAAAGGUAAUUAAUUGUAACAUAUAAAGAGAUCAUGAAUCGAUAUGGAUCCAGUUACAUAUACUCUAUAUGCUAGUGCA